CAUCUCAAUAUGAGGUCUCUCUAAGGACCUCAGACCGCGACUUCUCCAAUCAACACUGUUCCUUUUGCAAGUUUAUACGGCAUAGUAUGAGUCAACACGCAGCUUAUCUACAAAACAUGAAAUGCGAUUCAGUCGACACCGGGUCUAGGUACCGACAUACCCUGGUAUUUGACGGUUCCGUACGUUUGGAAACUCGGCAGAUGAUGGUUGAAGAAUCGUCCGACCAACCUGUAAAGGAGAAUUUCGUCGACAAAUUGAUGCUGAUGGUCACUUGGGAGAGGGUCAAAACAUGGAUUAAACAAUGCGAGGACAAACAUGCGACAUGCAACGACCAGUUUACCGACCUGAAAGUCCCGAAAGACUUGCUUCUUAUUGACAUACAGAGAAAAAAGCUUGUUCAAAAAGAUCCACAAAGCAGAUACAUAGCACUAAGCUAUGUAUGGGGGAAAAAUCCAACCGGUGAAAUAGCUACGAGCUUCACAAAAAAGGAUCUUAUGAAAGAUGGAGGGAUCAUCUUUUCAAAGUUAUCACCUACAAUUAGAGAUGCGAUCAAAGCCUGUCAAGAGCUUGGGGAGCAAUAUCUAUGGGUCGACCGACUAUGCAUUGUCCAGGACGAUGAAGUGGGCAAGCAACAUCAAAUCAAUUCGAUGCACAAGAUAUUCGGCACUGCGAAACUAGUCUUGGUCGUAACCCAUGGGGAUAUGAACAAUGGUAUCCCAGGAAUUCGGCCGGCUGCUGACGGCGUGCAAGGAGGCACUAUAGACGGAGUAACCUUCCUCAACAGUCCCAUGGACCCGGAACAUGUCCUAUUAGACUCUCCCUGGUUGACGCGCGCGUGGACCCACCAAGAGGCCAUAUUUUCGAAGAGGAGCCUUUUUUUUACGCCACUAGGAGUUUUUUUCAAAUGUCCAGGCCCUAAUCAUGAUUAUACUUUCGGUAUCACUGAUGGUCCGGCUAACCUCAAUAGAUUACAUUUGUAUGAUACUGUCGAUGCCUUACGGCAAGAUACAUUAAUCAAUUGGGGCAAUCAUCUUGAAGGAUACUCGCAACGGCAUCUCAGUCAUGCAAGCGAUAUUUACAAUGCCUUCUCCGGAAUCUCGCACGCUCUAUACCCAGAGGAUGAUUCGAUGCUUUUUGGAUUACCGAGGAUAGAUUUCGACGAGGCUCUACACUGGGACUUUGAAACCAAACGGGGUCUAAAAACCUGGAUUCGUCGGCCAUUGAAAAUUGCCAAAGUUUUACUCCCAAGUUGGUCUUGGGCCUCCGUGGAAGGACCUGUCUCCAUGCGAACAAUUAAAAGUGACUGGGAUCUCUCAGUCAUCCGCGAGCACAUAACUCUUACCGAAUGGUCAUACCAGGAAGAAGUCCCCAACUCCGGAUGUUGUAAAGGGGAGAACCUUAAGUGGGAAAGCGUGUAUCCGAACAGAAGGGAUGAAAUGCAAUAUAAACCGGAAAAUCAGAAUUUAGCCCGCUGCCUUGAAGCCGAAAAUGAAUUCCAAGAAGAUGAAAACGAAUGGAGGGAAGAGCCGGGUGAAGCCAGCACCCCAGGAGAGACUGAAGUUCUCAAUAUUCUCUAUGGAAAAUCUGUGCAAAUGCAGUUUGCCGUCGCGUGGAGACAAGGAUGCAUUGAAGCGGACUGGCCAUUCCGAAACUUAGGAGACGACUUCGCCAAACUCGCAAUUACAAUGGAUUCGCGAUACCCAUCCCUUAUUAAUAUGCGAUCAGAGGUCCUCCUCCAAUACGGGAAUUCUAGCGUCAACCUGUCCCCAUGUGUCAAGGAUGACGAAGAAGAGUUGAUGGCAUUGGGAAUGUACGGAGAAUUUCACCGUGGCAUUCUAAGAGGACGUGGGCAAACGGCCUCUUUCGCGGCGAAGCUGCAGACGGACCGUGGCCCCUAUGGAGAACACGUUGUGCUCAACGUCUUAAACAAACAGAACACAAAAACCGUCGGCGUGGUCAGCUCGAUUGAGCCGAUGUUCAGCGCGGAUACCCUGCUCGCACUGAGGAGGAAGGGAACGAUUUCUUGCGAGCUACUGACGUUAAGCCUCUAUGAUGGUUCCGAAAAAUGCAAAGAUUUGCAUGAUUUUAAUACGGAUGUUUCAAAGGGAAGCCGAAGGAGUCAAUUUAAACGUGAUCUAGGAGAUCCUCCAAGUCCUUAUGAGCUUUUCGGUUCCGAUUAUGUCUCGAGACAGCGACUCAAACCUCUUUUCGGCCCUAAGGGGCUUGACUGGACGUUUUUCGAUCGAGAAGCACACUCGGUUGGUAUUCCCGUUGUUGGUGUUAUGGUCAUAGCAUGGAAUGGACCGAUAGCCCAUCGUAUCGGCAUAGGCUGGGUGCUUUUAACAGCCUGGGUCAAGGCUAAGCGGGCGUUCAAAACGAUUUAUUUGGAGUGAAUGGAGUACAUCUGACUCUUUUAUUUUUCCAGGCCUUACGUGCUUACAUACUCUCAGUUGAGGUCGUAUCAUGAUAUCCUUGCUAUAGUAUAAAACCUCUUCAAUCAGAACGUCCACAAACGCCCCCUUUGAGCAACCGACUACACGUCAUCAAGGAAACCAGAAUGC